AUGAGACUUUUGGUCAUUAUAUUUAUAGUCACAUUCAUCACUGCAACAUAUGCAGAUGACAAUUGUGUUUAAGCUUUCUGUUCAACUGAAAUUAAAUAAUGUAAGGAAGAUGCGACUUGUCAGCAACACCUCGCUGAUUGUGCAAAUGACUUUAGAAAGAGUGUUAAAAAGGCAUAAGAUUCUAAAACGUAUUAAGGAACUGAACACGCAUAUGAUGAUUUUAAUUAUUGUAUGAGAACUCAUCAAAUUGCAAGAACCAUUACCGAGUGUUAAACAAAGCAUUGUCUUAAAAACAAUUUGAUUGGCAUAGACAUCGAUAUAAGAAAUUUGGAGAAAAUUAUAGCUUGA